CCUGGAGAAGUGGAAUCUCGCCGGCGCCGCUGCCUGCGCGGGACUCGCGGAGCGGCACUGGGCAUGCUCAGUCGCCGGAGCCCGUCCUGGUCUCAAGUAGGAAGCUCGUGCGCUGCACCCGCAGCUGAUCCGGGCGCUCCGGGGAAGGCGAGAUUGGAGCAGAGCGGCCGGGCGCCGGUGCCGGAGCGAGCGCGGCGCGCAUCGCUGGUCGGAGCUGCUGUGGGUGAGCUGCUGUGGUCUGUAGCCAAGCAUGCUGUGGUCGGAUCUGCCCAGCCGUGGAACAGAAACAUUUGCUGGAUGGAAAAUCCAUAAAAGAAAGCUCCUGUGAAAGCCGGAGACAGACAGUAACUUAAGCAAAAUCAGAUAUUUGGGCUGCUUGACCUCAUUGCGUGAUUGCUAUGAAUUAACAAGACUUUGUGGGAAAAGGGAACUUGCCUUUUGAGCUUUGUACCAAAGACCUGGGAAAAAACGUUUACUGUAACCAGACACGUUCUGGAUAGGAGGCUCAUGGGAGUAAAUACGUGCUCAAAACUGGAAGUGUCACUGUCUGACAGCUAACCAUCUCAGUCUUUCCUGAGUACUUGGAAACUGCCGAGGCCCCUGCUAAUGUGCUGACUGGUCGCUAUGGGCAGACGGUACCCGGAGGCUCACUGUCACCCAGGCAGCUCAUACUAACUUUCUUGUUCCAUGAACAAGGAACCUGUUUGCAUAGUGUGAUUUCAAAUUAUAACCUAUUUCCUGCUCCACUGCUGGCGUCCAGUGAUCCAUGUCAGAAGUACUUCCAGCUGACUCAGGUGUAGACACUUUGGCAGUGUUUAUGGCCAGCAGCGGAACCACAGACAUCACGAAUCGGAACAGUCCAGCCACACCACCAAAUACCCUUAAUCUCCGUUCCUCCCACAAUGAACUGUUGAAUGCUGAAAUAAAACACACGGAAGCCAAGAACAGCACACCCCCCAAAUGCAGGAAAAAAUAUGCACUAACUAACAUCCAGGUGGCAAUGGGCCUCUCCGACCCAGCUGCACAGCCUCUGCUGGGAAACGGCUCUGCCAACAUCAAGCUGGUGAAAAAUGGCGAGAACCAGCUCCGGAAGGCUGCAGAACAAGGGCAGCAGGACCCCAACAAAAAUGUCAGCCCCACUGCAGUCAUCAACAUAACUUCUGAGAAGUUAGAGGGCAAAGAGCCCCACCCACGCGAUUCCUCAGGCUGUGAAAUUUUACCCUCCCAACCCAGGAGAACCAAGAGCUUCCUAAAUUACUAUGCAGACCUGGAAACCUCAACCAGAGAAUUAGAGCAGAACUUAGGCAACGAGCACGGGGGUGUGGAAGAGAAGCCCCAGCCGGGCCAGGACCAGGCCUCCACCGUCAUCGGGAAUGGCGAAGCACUCCCACAGAAACCAAACAAAGCCCAGUUCAGCCCCGAAGACGGUCAAGUGGCCACCGUGUCAUCCAGCCCAGAGACCAAGAAAGAUCAUCCCAAAACGGGGGCCAAAACCGACUGCGCCCUGCACCGGAUCCAGAACCUGGCACCGAGCGAUGAGGAGUCCAGCUGGACGACACUGUCCCAAGACAGCGCCUCACCCAGUUCCCCGGAUGAAACAGCAGAUAUAUGGAGUGAUCACUCCUUUCAGACUGAUCCGGAUUUGCCGCCUGGCUGGAAGAGAAUCAUUGACGUCGCUGGGACCUAUUAUUGGCACAUACCAACAGGGACCACUCAGUGGGAGCGCCCUGUCUCCACCCCCGCAGAUCUCCAUGGUUCUAGAAAAGGGUCACUUAGUUCUGUAACGCCAUCUCCUACCCCAGAGCACGAGAAACAGCCAUGGAGUGAUUUUGCUGUUCUGAAUGGGGGAAAGAUUAAUAGUGACAUUUGGAAGGAUUUGCAUGCAGCUACAGUUAACCCGGACCCCAGUUUAAAAGAGUUUGAAGGAGCGACACUCCGCUAUGCAUCUUUGAAACUCAGAAAUGCCCCCCAUGCUGAUGACGACGAUUCCUGCAGUAUCAAUAGUGACCCAGAAGCCAAGUGUUUUGCUGUGCGUUCCCUGGGAUGGGUGGAAAUGGCAGAGGAGGACCUCGCCCCUGGUAAAAGCAGCGUUGCCGUCAACAACUGCAUCAGGCAGCUUUCUUACUGCAAAAAUGACAUCCGGGAUACGGUCGGCAUCUGGGGAGAGGGGAAAGACAUGUACCUGAUCCUGGAGAACGACACACUCAGCCUGGUGGACCCCAUGGACCGCACCGUGCUCCAUUCCCAGCCCAUCGCGAGCAUCCGUGUGUGGGGCGUGGGCCGCGACAACGGCCGAGAUUUUGCUUACGUAGCAAGAGACAAAGAUACGCGAAUUUUGAAAUGUCAUGUAUUUCGAUGUGACACACCAGCAAAAGCCAUCGCCACAAGUCUCCACGAAAUCUGUUCCAAGAUUAUGGCCGAACGGAAGAAUGCCAAAGCCCUGGCCUGCAGUUCCUUACAGGAAAGAACCAAUGUGAAUCUCGACGUUCCCUUGCAAGUAGAUUUUCCAACACCAAAGACUGAGCUGGUCCAGAAGUUCCACGUGCAGUACUUGGGCAUGUUACCCGUAGACAAACCCGUCGGAAUGGAUACCCUGAACAAUGCCAUAGAAAGUCUUAUGACCUCAUCUAACAAGGAGGAUUGGCCGUCAGUGAACAUGAAUGUGGCCGAUGCUACUGUGACUGUCAUCAAUGAAAAGAAUGAAGAGGAAAUCUUAGUGGAGUGCCGCGUGCGAUUCCUGUCCUUCAUGGGCGUCGGGAAGGAUGUUCAUACAUUUGCCUUCAUCAUGGACACCGGGAACCAGCGUUUCGAGUGCCACGUUUUCUGGUGCGAGCCUAAUGCGGGUAACGUGUCUGAGGCGGUACAGGCCGCCUGCAUGUUACGAUACCAGAAGUGCUUGGUAGCCAGGCCGCCUUCACAGAAAGUUCGACCACCUCCUCCGCCAGCAGACUCAGUGACCAGAAGAGUCACAACCAAUGUAAAACGAGGGGUCUUAUCCCUCAUUGACACUUUGAAACAGAAACGCCCUGUCACAGAAACGCCAUAGCUGCAUAUGCUACAGGAUUCUGUAAUAUUUACCUGAAGAUUGAAUAGCUACACUAAAGAAGAUGAACUGCUAUCUGGCCUUCCAUUCAGUUGCUGAUGCUUUGUCUUCAGAGAAUUUAUCCUUAACCAAACAGUGUUAGACAAGCAUGUUCUCUCGUCUUGCCACCAUCAUGUGAUAUGAAAAGAAGCAUGACUAAUUUUUUUUGCUAUCAGUAAGAUACAUCAUGAGCAGUGGAAGGUCUUUUUCUUAUUGUAAAUAUCGUGAACAUUAACUUCACACACACGGAGAAGAAUGUGGCCACACCCCUCCUAGUGAACUAACGCUGAGUCCUUGGAGUGAAUGACGCCUGAGCUAGUUUCACUGUCUUCUUGACUGGAUCUGUCACAAGCAAUGUUUAAGUCCUGCAGCACUUGGCCCUGUUGCCAACAUUGGAGUAGCCACUGCGUACCAGAUACCAUUGAAUUGCUGUAAAACUAGGAUGAUGAGUUUUUGUUGCAGUCUUUCAUGAAAUUGAACCUUUGGGUUGACAGAAUUGGCUGUUGGCAUCAGUACAGAAACCAACCGGCAGCUUUCCUUGACAAGCCCUUUGACACAUGGACACCAUUUCAUGUCUGCAGCUGUUUUGUGGGAUGUUGGGGAAAAAGUGAAACUUGAAAAUUGAAAAACAAACCAAAUUUGAGAAAUUAAAAUUGAACAAAAAAGAGCCUUUCUUUCUAGACGGUUUUCAAACUGAUGAUUAAAAACAAGAAAGAUUUAAGAAAAUCCUAAUGCAUUUCGGGUAGGACAUGUUUCAAACUUCUGCCUUAUAUUGUACAAUGCAGCUAGAGAAUUAUAGUUCACUCUGGCCAUUCUCUACAUAAACAUUAAAAUGAAAUCUUCCUCGUACGCCUUUUAUCCUUAGUUUGUUAAUUAGCCAAUAUGCAAUUUGGAGUUGAGGAAAUGUCAUUUAUAUUUUGGAUCUCCACCACCACAUUAUUUUGUUAGUCCGCCUCCUAGUGAAACCCACUAGGGUUCUGUAUCUAGCUCAGUCUUACCCUAAUGCUUUUUGCCCAGAAAGCUGUCUGUCCAUCAUGUAUUGUCCAUGGCAACAAAUUACAUUAAAUUUGAACCUUUUGAAUUUAUGUAUUUAAUAUUGGGAUUUGUUGGACUUUACUAGAUAUGUUUUUAAAUUUAUAUCUUUUCCAUUUUUUCAAGAUUUAAAAAUUUCAUAUCAGAGCAAAAUAAACAUAGCAACAACGGACUGCUUAACAAGUUUCCCCAAAAUAGCAGUUUCCUGCUUCACGUUUCUCACGUACUUACAAAGAUACUCAGAUUUAGACUCUUGUUGACAUUGUUGUUUUAAAAGGAAGUUGCUAAGGAGACCAAUCUAAAUAUUAGUCUUAUUUGCUUCUUAAUGUCAAAAUUAAUGCGUUAAAAACAUCUGGUUUCAAAAGGAGCACUUUAUUUACCCACUGCUGUGUACUUGUCAAUGGUUUCCACAUUCUUAUCACAUUUGAGCCUUACAAGGUAGGGAAAGGUACUAAACACAUUUGAGAAAUAAAAAUAUAAAGUACCAAGAGGCUCAAUCACCUUGCCUAAGAUCUCUCGAAAGUUUGUGAGAGAGCCGGGACAAAAGCCCACGCUUCCCAACUCUGUUAUAAGUUACGCUGCUUUUACAUCGGUGAGGAAGAGUCUAUCCAGAAUUACUCUGGGCAUAUGUAGUUAUUGUCAGGAAAUCUUAGAAUUCCCUGUGGAAGGCGGGAAAUAUGUCCCAAUUACUCACGCAGUGAUAUUAAUCAUAAAACCAUCGCCCUCUCUCAGUCCAGGACUGUUUUCCUGCAGCGUGCCUCAAAUGUGUUGUAGAGGACAGGAUUCUACACGCUGUGCGGCCUGUUCAACUUACAAGGUUUUCCAGAGAUGAUGUUACUUGUGAUAGACACAUUCCUAACUCAUGGUACUUAGCCACCAGAGAACACGAUGGAGCAGGUGGCCUUCUGCUAUUCCCUCAGAACUCUGGAACUGUUUGCUAGCACCCUGGUGUUAUGACCAAAAUGAUGCCACUCUAGAAAUGAAUUCUACUUCUCACCAGCCUAUAUGCUAUUCUAUCUGAAGUAACCAGUGCCAUCAUAAGAAAUUAUUGCAUUAAGAAAGUCCUUACUCUGCCCUUUGAAAAGCUGUGGAAAAUUCAAUCAUGAUGAUGUUUCAUCUCGAGCUCCACAAUGAAAGGUUUUAGUGUGAUAAAAAUUCUGAACAGGUCAUCCACUUUUAUAUUGGAAAUCUCUACCCGAACCCACCGUUCAUUUUCUAAGGCAUACAUUUGUUUGUUUUCAGGAUCAAGAAUACUGAGCUAGCUUUAAGUAGCAAACUGAUUUAUAUAUGCAAUUAUAGGAUGCAUUAAGACGAACGAUAGCCUUUACAUAUUGAAAACUUUACUGCAGAUAUUUUGUUUUGAAAAUAGCUUUGCAUACUAAAUGCAAUUAAUUUUGUAAAAUUGAUUAUGUUAAACAGUACGUUCAGACACUUUCUGCCAUGGCCAAAAAGUAUGUAUGAAAGUAUGUGUGUAUUUUCCUGUGUGCGGAUGCCGGUGUUUUACCUGAUAUUGUGGUGACAUUCAGUUAUCUAUGCAUUCUUUGUAUCUGUGACUCGGUAAACAGGCAGCCAUGUUCACUAUGCCUUGUAUGUCUUAUCAUUUUUUUAAUUAACCUGUUAAAUACAGCUUAAGAUAUUUUUAUUUUA